AUGAACACGGUGGGGUGUGAAAUAGCCUCGCUGCUGGAGGUUCUCAGCAGCUCAGAAGAGGCAGGUAUAUGUCCACUGGCAAGCUUUGCUCGCGACAUUCGCUCGUUGGUGGACACUGGGCAGACCGAGGACCUUGGCAACGUUCUCGCGCAGCGCUCCGCAGAGCUGGUGAAGGAGGAGGAGAAGCUGAACGCAUCGAAGGAGAUGAUAUCUGUCACGUAUGACAAGCUGCGUGCGGAGAUGACUCGCGUUGAAGCACAAAUGCGCUCACAGGAGCGCCGCCUGCAGGAGGUGUCGCAGCAGAAGAAGCUAUGCAAACUUGCCCUCAACCUUUACUUGGCAGGCGAGGUACCGAGCCUCGUAGACGCCCACGGCAUGGCGGUGCCCUGUGCAUCACCAGGCUUGCCAGAUAUGAUGAAGCGAGGUGCUGAGGACAGGGGAGAGGAGCACCCCAACAAAGCAGCACCGGAGCCAGCACCCAUGAAGAACUCCCCCACCUCUCGCCCGCGUAGACCAGUGCAAGCCGUCGAGAAUGACGGCAGUGGAUCGCCAAAGAACGGCGCGCCAACGGUCUCGCCUCGCACCGGCCUCGCAGCGCUCACGUCGGACGGCCUUCUCGCACUGCUCCGCCUGCCAGACGUCAAGGAGAACGUGCUGCUGAACGCGAUCGAGGGCUACACGCAGCAGCACCUCGAAAAGAAUAGCAACUGGAUGACGGCGCAGAGCUACCCUGACAUCCUGGCCGUGAUGAUGGCGGUGCUGAGUCACCUCAGCGAGCCGCGGCCCCCGGUGCAGCUCGCGGAGCUGCGUUUGCUUGGUUAUGCUCUGCAGUCUUCCCCCGCUCCUCGCCCGUCUGGCAACAACGACAAUCUCUUCAAAGUAUUAGAUACUCUCGUCCGGGAUGGCCGAGCCGUGCCCAUCCUCACGAACCUGCUAAACAGCGUGAACGAUGACGUGAAGUGCGAGGUGCUGGAGUUCCUGGCACCGCUCGUGUGUGAGACGCACGCUCUCAUCAACGCUGUUGCCGUCAACACCCUCAGCGCCUUUGCGCGGAAAGAGUUUCUGGCCGCGAACGGACUGGAACCGCUGGUGAACAUUGUCAUUGUAAGCACUUCCGAGGCAGUGUUGGAGCGGGCGCUGAUCUUCCUGUGGGGGCUCCUCACCAAGGACGAGAAAGUGGAGCACGGAGGCAGUGUAGACGCGUCUAUUCGCUCGCAGGCGCGUGAGCUGGGUGGGCUGCGAGCAGUGCUGGACCUUCUGUACACAGACUGUCUCCCUAUAUUAGAAAAUGUUUCGAUGGUGAUUGGCUACAUCACGCGAGAGGACGCCUCCAAAAAGGAAAUACGCGAGAUUGGCGGACUAGAGAAAAUCACUGCAACGCUGCGCCACCCGUCCGACUCGAUCAAGACCAAGAUGGCCGGUGCGGUGUGGAACUGCGCAUCGAACGCCGACAACCGCAAGCAUCUCCGUGAGCUGGGCGCUAUCCCGGCUCUUCUAGAGUUGCUUCGAAACCCAAGCUCAGCCGUCAUGGACAACAACACAUACGAAUUCGUCCGAGAGAAUGCGGCGGGCGCGCUCUGGAACCUUAGCGUUGAGACGGAGAGCAAGACGCAGAUCAUCGAGUACGGCGGCGUGCCAGUGUUGGUGGAGGUAAUGUCCUCGUCGAACAGCGUUUCGGUGGUCGAGAACGCAUCUGGUACGCUGUGGAACUGCUCCGCGACGGCAGAAGCCCGCCCCAUACUCCGCAAGGCUGGCUGCAUACCCGUGCUUCUCUCUCUUCUCAAUCACCGCAAGCCGAUCGAGCCGUCGCGGGCCAUCGCUGUCAAGUCCACUAUGCCCCUCAGCGAGAAAAUCAUCGACAAUGUCGCUGGCACGUUGCGCAACUGCGCCAUCAACGACCAGAACAAGCCCGCCAUCCGCGAGUGCGGCGGUGUCGAGCUGCUUGUGGCGAAGGUGAGGGAGGCCUAUCUUAGCUCAAACAAGAGGAACAGUGCCGACAAGACACCGUCGCCGCCCUCUCCUUCGACGGUCGACAAGCUAGUAUCCACGCUGUGGAUUCUGACAACGUCGCCGGAGAUCAAGCAUUCAGUUCGGUACGCCGGCGGUAUUGAGGCCUUCACGAGCAUUCUCGAGAUGUCGUCGCCUAGCAUAGCUGGGGGCAGCAAGGCAGCCGGGAAGAACGCGAGUCUGUUUUCGCCGCUGCGCAUGCCGGCUGACACGAGUAGGCUGAGUGUCGAGGCGUUCCAGGCAGCGUACAGUCCGUCAGCCAUCGGGAAGCUGCAGUUUGGGACGCCGUCCUUGUUGGUUCCCAUGAACGUGAAGGAGAAACUAGUAGGCGUGCUGCGCAACUGCAGCACCGUCACGGAGAACAGGCCGACUAUGAUACAGGCGGGGUGUACGCGGUGCCUUGUGGCUGUUAUAAUGGACUGCUACGCGUCCGCGACGGUGUUUCAAGCGAACACCGUCACCCACAAGAACAGCCGCUUCCAGGAGCCGUCGACGCAGCUCAAGGAGACCGUGGCCUCGGCACUGUGGCACCUUUCCCGCGAUGACAAGGAGACGCCACGUCUCCAAGGAGGGCUGGAGCUCAUGUGCAUGCUACUUCUGUCCCCGCAGCAGCCCUCCGUAGUCCUCGAGCAGGCAGCCGGCGCCCUCUCGUCGCUCACCGUGAACAACAACGAGAACCGCGAUGCCGUCCGCACAUAUGGCGGCCUCUCCGCCCUCAUCAGCCUCGUCUCUGAGUAUCCGCAAGGCAACACGGGCAGCCGAGCUGGGAAAUCGGAUGUGUCGUCACACACAUACGCCGCCCUCAAUGCCCUUCUCACGAUUCGAAACUGCACCGUCAACAGCGACGAAAACGUACGCGCGUGCUACGAGGCGCUAACCGACAAGAAGUCUGCCUUCGGAUCUGCGCUGCUGUAUAUGAUCGAGCACGGAUCGGAGGAGUGCGCAAAGGAGGCGGCCCUGACGGCAAAGAACAUCUGCUUCAUACCUGCCGCUGCUAGCUACUUUGUGCAGAAUAACGGGGUUGCACUCGUGACGUCGCUGUCAGAGCGCGCAUCGUCUGAUUCUGUUCGGCGUGCCGCUGCGGCGUUGCUGCAAGUUCUCUCGAAGGCCGCGAAGAAGUGA